CUUUUACCAGUCACUCACAAGUUGUAUGGCUAAGUUUUCCAAGUUUGCGAACAUAGCCAUUAAUAUCCCACAACCAAAGCGGCGAAUUCAGAAGUUCUUAAUUCGCCUUGGGAUCAUAUCAGUACAAACAAUUGUUGAAUCAUAAUGUUUUUUGUAUAUUAGUUUCAUUUAUUUUUAUCACUUUUAGUUGAUAGCAUUUAGUGUUAUAUUAAUAAAGACUUACCUUACUUAGAAACCGUGGCAUAAAAAAAAUAAUGUAAAUGCAGAAAUAUUAAUAAUCAGCAAAAGGUAAAAUUUUAUUGAAAGAUAACGAUGAUCCAAUGAAAUUUUUCAAGUAAGAGUUGAUAACAAUAAGACCGAUAGAGUAAAUAAUACUGCGAAGUUAAUUAAUUGUCCUUAACGUUGAAAAGGUAGCAGAAAUAAUAAGUCCACUUCCACAAAAGAUAUGCUUGUCGAUUUUUCAACGAAUCCAAGCUUAAGUGGUAGUAAAUUAAAGAGACAACAGAUGAGCGCUGAUAACAUCUCCAAAGAAAAUGGAACACACAAUGCCUUUCACAAGAUGCAAGAAUGUCAAGAGACUCAAAAGAAAGUUACUGUGAAAUAUCCAGAGGAAAAACAGAAAGAUACUAGUCAAGAGAAUGAUUGCCAGAAAUUGAGACGUUCUUAUCGCUCACCUGUAAAACCACGGCGUUUUGAACCCGAAGAGAUUAAGAUAGGCAUAAAAUGCAAAAAAAAAUCCACGCAAAGAAGUCGAAUUUUUCGUGAAUGCUUUGGAUCUGACACAGAAAGCGAUGGUGUGAAAGAUAAUUCAGAUAGGAACGUAAAAUUUUCCCGUCAGGAUAAUUGCACGAAAGGUAAAAAGAAGAAAAGAGAAUCCCAAAAACGGGAGAGUCCCGAAAAAAUAGAAAAUAGAAGAAAAAACACCCUUAGCUUGGAAAAUCAUUACACAAAAUCAGAAACAAAAUCACCAUAUCUCAAAAAUGAGCGCAAAGGAAAGACAUUCGUAGAAUUAGAGCUACGCCGUUCUAAUCGAACUCCAGUAAAACCUAGGCGUUUCGAACCGGAUAUUAUUAAGUCUACACAAAAAAUUGAUAAAAGAAAAGUUGGCGAUAAAGCUAAGCGAGACACUUUGGGUGCUGAAAAAAAUUGUCAAUCAGAAAUAAACUCAAAGAAAGAAGUGCCCUUAAAGCUGGAAGAAAAAAAAUGCAAGAGUAAUAUCAGCAAAUAUGUGUACCCGUCUUCUGAGGAAAUAGCCGAAAUGAAACGUAGGGAAAAUGAACAAAUGAGAACCAAUAGAGAAAUGAAAGAAAUUUUAAAAGGUCUCAUAAAAGUGCCUGAAAAAGUCAAGAUAUUAUCACUCAAUAGCAUGACAGCAGAUCAAAUAUUGGACACUUUUCCAAAGUAUAAAGCCCAACUUGAUGUGAUUUUUCGUGAACUAUGCUCAGAGCCUAAGGUGACUGGUUAUAAUGGAAUUAACCACUUUUCUGUAAUUGAGCUAAUAGAUGAUGUAAAACAAUUGAAAAUGAUGCACAAACUCGGGGAAAUCUACGAAACUGACCAUGACGGAGUAUCUAUGUAUCCUAUGCUGUUUGCCAAUGCCUUGAUGCCUGGAUGGCUCGUGUAUAUUUUUAAGGACAAAUACAAUCUAACAUUUAGCGAAGCUGUGACGCAUUUAGAUAAACAACGACAAUACAAACAAUAUUUAAGUGUGGAGGAUAAUCUUUAGGAAUUGUUAAUUAUCUUUUAAGUUAUAUUUAAGCAGAUUUUAAUUUAAUUUUAAUAUAUAUAUAAAAAUAUUGUAUUUAUAUAACAAGUGCCGUUUUCAUUAGAUAAAUUAAUAUGCUGUUUUUAGUUAUUUUUUUUUUUACAAACUAUCGCAAUUUUUGAUAAAAUAAAUCGUUUGCAAAUUUCAGCGUGAAA